AAACAAAAAGCAAAAAAAUCAACAACUCUUCAAUAUCUUUUGUUUUUUUCUUUUAAAAAAUGGAACAAUUUAUGAGUUCGUGCCGCGUUUGCCUUUGUUUUAUCGAUAAAGAGACAAAACUCGAACAAGAUUGCAAUGACAACAACAAUGGCCUCGUGAAAUUCUACUUUGAAAAAUCCACAAAUUACAAAAUUCUGUCUGACGAACCACAAAAUUGUUGUUCCUUCUGCUAUGCGGAGCUCUUGCAGUCUGUGCGUUUCAUCGAAAAAUGCGAAAGAACGCAAAAAAUUCUUGAUGGCUUGCGAACAGGGAUCGAGACAAAAAGUGAGACUGUUUCCGUGAAGGAUUAUUCGCAUAUUUUGGAUGUCGAACUAAAAGAAGAAGUCGAAGAAAAUGUAAAAGUCGAUAGAAAAACUCCAAAAAGGACAAAAAAGUUGGAAAUCAAAGUAAUUUGUCCGUAUUGUGCGACCCUCGUCAAAUCCAGCUACUUGGAGAAUCACAUAAAAAGUGUUCAUUCCGAGCCACGAAACGCCUUCAUGUGCGACAUUUGCUCGACGCAUCUCAGUUCGAAGAAAUCUGUUAUUCGACACAUGAAUCACGUUCAUCUCAAGAUGCAAAAGUACAAAUGCAAAAUUUGCGGCAUCGAAUUCCCCAACGAAUCGCUCCGCAAAGCUCAUUUACUGCAAAUUCAUAAAGUUGUGCCGCCCAAAGCGUGUCCCUAUUGCGAUUAUCGCGCUUUUACAAAAGCUCACAUUACGCGACACACAAUGCGACAUCGUGGCGAUCGCAGAUUCAAAUGCCCGACAUGCAAUUUUGCUUUUGUGACACUUUUGCAACUCCAAACGCAUCAAGCGGUGCACUCAGAUGAGCGAAAUUUCGAAUGCAGCGAGUGCUUGAAGCGAUUUAAGACGAAAAAGAAUUUGUCGGCGCACAAAAAAUGCCAUUUAGCGUACGAAUACGAGUGUGCCGUGUGUGGAAAAGCCUUUUUAACGAACCAGAUGAUGCGAAAUCACGUCACGAAAAUGCAUCCAGAGUAUGAAUUGCCGCCGGCGGGCACAGUGAUGAACAAGGAAGCAGUUAAGAGGAUGAAAAAUAUCGAAAAGGAAGUUUUGAAUUAUCACUCGACGAAGACAGAAGCAACGAAUGCCUUAAAAUGAGAGCUUUUUUGGAAUUAGUGUGGCCUUUUAGAUUAGAUAUUGAAUUGAGAAUGAAGUGUCUUAAAGUAAUGAGAUUAAAAUUUGAAUAAACGUACUGAGAAAAAAUUUAAAUUA